CUAUUAGUUAAAGACGCACUUGUCUAUCACGGACAAGUUUAAACUUAAACCAUCGUCCAUGUUUUCAGUGUUGAUUUCACUUUCAUUCUUCCUUUAACUCUUCACUUUCCUAACUCAAAAAUGGCGCAUAACAAGAAUCACAAUCAAACACAAACCUCUCAUUCUCCCUUCACUCAACCUAUCCGCUGUAUUGUAAAAUUAGGUGGUGCUGCAAUUACUUGCAAAAAUGAGUUAGAGAAGAUAAAUGAGGAAAUUCUUUACAAAGUUUCUCAACAGCUUAGGCAAGCAAUGAUUGCUACUUCUCAGAAGCCUCCUGGGAUGGAUUGGAGCAAGAUACCUGGUGAAUCAGAAAUCUGUUGCAAACCAGAAGAAUUUGGAGAUGAUCAUGUCUCGGAAUGUAGCCGUUUCAUUGUUGUUCAUGGAGCAGGUUCUUUUGGGCAUUUCCAAGCUAGCAAGUCUGGUGUUCAUAAGGGACAGCUGGAUAAACCGCUUGUCAAAGGCGGCUUUGUUGCUACGCGAAUAUCUGUAACCACUCUCAAUCUUGAAAUCGUUAGAGCACUAGCCAGAGAGGGCAUUCCUUCAGUUGGAAUGUCACCUUUCUCAUGUGGAUGGAUUACUGGUGAAAGACAUAUAUCUUCAGCCGAUUUGUCUCCCGUAGCUAGGGCUAUUGAUUCUGGUUUUAUACCUGUUCUGCAUGGAGAUGCAGUGCUUGACGAGAUUCAGGGAUGCACUAUUUUGAGUGGAGAUGUUAUCAUAAGUCAUCUUGCAGCAUACUCAAAGCCUAAAUAUGUUGUUUUCUUGACAGAUGUAUAUGGAGUGUAUGAUCGCCCGCCAACAGAGCCUGACGCGAUACUACUAAAGGAGAUUGCUGUUGCUGAAGAUGGAAGUUGGUCAGUCAUAAAACCAAAGUUGCAGAACUCAAUUGAGCUAACUGUUGCUGCCCAUGAUACAACUGGUGGGAUGAAAACAAAGAUCUCAGAAGCUGCAAUGAUAGCAAAACUUGGAAUUGAUGUUUACAUUGUAAAAGCAGCAACAAGCCAUUCAUUAAAGGCCUUAAAUGGAGAUCUUAGAAACAGCAUCCCUGAUGACUGGCUUGGAACGGUCGUUCGAUCAUCAAGUUAGCCAUAAUCGAAUCUUCUGCACAAGUCGAUGUCAUCAAGAUGAAGUAAUGAAUUCAGACUAAAAAAUAUGAGAGUUAAAGGAUGAUCAUUUGAGAGGUGAUGUGCUGCAUAUCACGAAGAUUGACAGUUAAAUGAACUACUACCGAUGAUUAUUUCACAUUUCCAUUUAGCUGCUUUAAUUACCCAAACACGGACUCAAACUUGAUGCGCAAUUAUAUAUUUUCUUUAUAAGUUUAUUCUGAGUGUGUUUGUUAUUUUGACAACUUUUUCUUUCAUUUUAGUGCCUGGCUUUCCCUGUCA